CGUACGAAUCUGAAAGCUGCACAGAACCGCCUUUGUUUUUCCAGCUAAUAGUACUUUGUAAUAAUCAUGGCGCAAGCAUUUCUCGGCUUGCGAGUAUCCAUAGCUCUCAACACAGGCUUGUCUUUGGAAGGACAGGUCUCGCAUAUUGACUCUGACUCGCAGCUAUUAACUCUGAAGGAUGUGCUCAUAUUCAUUCCUGGACAAGCGACGCAACGAGCACCGUUGUACGGAGUAACGGGAUCCGAUAUCAAGGAUUUGCAAAUAUUACCGGAAGCUUCAACUGUUGCUCCACAAAAUAUAGAGCCAAAGCAAUCUCCAUACCAACAACAGCGUAUACCACAACAACAAACCUACCAUGAGCCACCUAAACAACAAGCUAUGCCACAACCCCCGCCGCCUUCUAACCUUCGACCCACAGCACAAAACGGUGUGCCAAAACAAAUCGUGUAUGACGCCAGAGCCAAAAAGGCUGACGAAUCAAGUGCUACGGAGAGCACACUGCCAAUCACCAAGGCUAAGAAGAAGAAGGGAAAGCAAUUGCCACCUGAACCCGUUGCCCAUGAACAAGCACCAGUACGGAAGCAAAGAAACGGCAAAAAGCUUCCGAAUCCUCCAAUUCACGCUUGGGCCGGAGGUGAUGUUAACGAUUUCAAAGAAGAAGAGUUUGAUUUUCAAGCCAAUUUGGACAUGUUUGACAAGGCAAAGGUGUUUGCUGAAAUCAAGGAAAUGGAUGAAACUGCACCGGAAACCAGACUUGUCAGCAUCAAUCGUUUACCGCGUGCCAAUAGAGGAGGGCAGACACCUUCCAGCGACAAAUUGACGCCUUCAUCAUCUCGAAUCAAUCUGCUUCCAACUGAAAAUGUUUUGGACGAGCAAAUUGAUCCUGGUGCGCUUAGCGAUGAUUCAUUGACCAGCGAGGGAGCCGACCAUGUACGUGGCAAGAGAAGAGGCAGCAAGACUAGUCGAUCUAAAAUCGUUGUCAUGUCCAAUGGCAUCUUAUGCCAACCUGUCACACCUCAACAAAUGACCAUGGUAGAACAGGAAUGUGGUCUCAGCCGAGACCAACUGAUAGAGAAUACCGGUAGAGUGUCGAGCAUGAUGGCACUACAGACGUUGGGUGGAUCGCGUAGGAACAGCGACCAGCCAAAGACAUCGCCGCUUAUUGUCGUGCUUGCUGGUAACAACACCAUAGGCGCAUAUGGAUUUUCAGCCGCGAGACACCUAGCAAAUCACGGUUGUACGGUUGUGGCAUGCACUGGCAACCCGCCACCCUACCACGGACUUGUUGCGACGCAUCAACAGAUGUUUGAAUAUGCUGGCGGACGUACAAUAUCUUCAAUAUCGCAACUUCCCAACGACAAGCCCAUCGAUUUGAUUAUCGACGCUCUCAUGGGUGUGCAAUACAGCUACAAGGAUCUACAGCAUGACAAGAAAGCACACCAAUUGACCACCACUCUUAUCAGCUGGGCCAAUGCCAACGCCGCUCCUAUCCUUAGCUUGGAUUUUCCCAGUGGUAACCAACAUUCACAAGAUUCCGGCAGUGAGGGACCUCAUAGGAUCCAUCCCAAGUGGACAGUGUGUUUAGCUGCACCCAAGGUGGGAUGCACCAGCCGAAGUGUUACGGGAGAACUUUACUUGGGCGAUUUGGGUAUUCCACGUGCAUGUUGGAAACGAGCUGGUGUCAAAGGCGGAGGUGGCAUGCCAUGGGGAGCCGAUUUCCUGGUCGCUUUAGAAUACAUGUAACAUAUUGCCCCUCAUCACACCUAAUGGAAAAGUCAAAAUUGCCUGUAUUUUGUGUAUAUAUAUUUUGUGGUUUUUUCAUGUUGCGCCUGCCCGGG